AACAGAUUCAGACACAGCAGAUGGAUGAAGUUCAGCCUGUCGAUUACAUUCACUUUUUCUCAGCCAUCGACUUUUUUAAAGCAUUCUUCACACAUUUCACACCUUCUUCAGUAAAUGCAAGAAUCACAAAACAAAAGAGACUAACAAGGACGUGAGAAACUACGGAGGGGCUCCAGGUGGCUGAUAAAAAGGCCGAUGUUUAGGAUUAAGUGGCCUUGUGAGGAUCCAGGAAGCCCUUUUUCACAUGCCUCGGUCCUGUUGUCCAGCUCAUUCUGAGAUCACCGCAUCAUUCGAGCUGCCAGCUUUUGAAGCAGGACAUUUUUGAGGGACGCUCCAUGGACAAGAAGGUGGUUCUGAUCACAGGCUGCUCCUCUGGGAUUGGUCUCAGCCUGGCCGUCCGGUUGGCCUCUGACCCCGACAAAACCUUCAAAGUCUACGCCACGAUGAGGAACCUCGCCAAGAAGGAGCGUCUGUUAGAGUGCGUCAAAGGCCUGCACAGGGACACCUUGGAAAUACUCCAAAUGGACGUGACCGACCGGCAGUCCAUCCUGGAUGCAAGAGACAAGGUUGUGGAGAACAGGGUGGACAUUCUGGUGUGUAACGCGGGUGUGGGUCUGAUGGGCCCGCUGGAGGUGCAGAGUUUGGACUCAAUAAGGCACAUUGUGGACGUCAACCUCCUGGGGACGAUCCAAACCAUUCAGGUCUUCCUGUCGGGGAUGAAAGCACGCGGUCAAGGCCGGAUUCUGGUCACUGGCAGCACCGGUGGGCUUCAUGGUCUCCCGUUUAAUGAGGUGUACUGUGCGAGUAAAUUUGCAGUGGAGGGAGCGUGUGAGAGUUUGGCUGUCCUCCUUCAACACUUUAACAUCCACGUGAGCCUCAUCGAGUGCGGUCCUGUCAACACGGACUUCCUGGUGAACCUGAAGAAGGCAGAACUUGGGGACACGUCUCUGCAGCAGGUGGACACUCAAACGCUGAGUCUGUAUGAGAAGUACCUGCAGCACUGCAGCUCAGUUUUCCAAAACGCAGCACAGGACACAGAAGAUAUCGUAAACGUAUUUCUCGCUGCUAUCCGGUCACCCAGCCCUGCAUUCAGGUACUUCACCAACAGCGUGGCGCCACCGCUGACCAAACUGAAAGUCACAGAACCAGAUGGAACGCGAUACAUCAGCGCUAUGAGCAAGAUCAUUUUCUCAGAGGAGGAUUAGUGAAUUCGGACCUGCUUUUCUUUCAAACAAAACAUCAGCUGCAGAUGUGGGCGCUUAUGUGCAAAAUGUGAACACAGUCUUUUACUCUUCUAAUUUUAGUUAAGUUGACCCACAGAGUUCGGUUUGACUCCAUGGUCUAUUUUUGAGUCACUUAUCAGAGGUGGUGAAACGUUUGAUAAGUACUACGUUCUGUGUUUUGACUGAUACUGCAGGCUUUGCAUUCCUCUUGUUCAACAAUGGUCUUGCAUAUCUCCACUGGGAUUACUGAGUUUACUGCAUUGUUGAAGCUCAAAUAUUCUAAAAAUGUUCUUACGUAAUUUUUGUUUUACUAUUUUAAGCACACAGAAACAAUGUUCUCAGUUAAAAGCAUGAAAUGAAAAUUAUACAGUCCUCCAUUAAUGUUUUCUCUUUCUUACCCUAAUAAAAGCUAUGUUUUAACACAAACGAAUGUUCUGUAUGUUGCCUUGCUCUUCGGCUGCUUGCUUAAACACAUGCCUUAAACUAUA